AGGAAAGGUGGCGGCGGCACGGAAUGAGAUAGAAGAGAAAGCAUAACAGUGUUGCAUUCCAAAUCCCUCGUAAUUAGAUCCAACGGCUGGAAUCAAAGAAAGUGGAGUAAUCGAACCGCGAAAAGGAGAGCCGCGUUUACGAAGCCAACCCAGGAAUAAGAAUUCUUCAUCCUCUUAUAUGCCCCUUCCGUGCCGCGCCCACUUCUUUCUUCUUCUUCUCUCUCCUCGCAAUUCCAGAUUCGUUGUUUCUCUCUCUAGAAACCCCCUCGCUCCUUUUCCUUUUUUCCGUUUUUAGCUUAUUCCAUAUUUGGCCUUCGUCACUUCACUCACAUCCAUUUAUAGAAAAAAAAUAGACAGAGAGAGUGAGAGCGAGCGAGAAAGAGGAAGUGUUCGGUCACCCUUUAUUGAUUUUAUCGAUUGAUUGGUUUUUUUAUUCCUUGAUUUACGAUGCAACAAUCGAACGGUUCCGAUUCCUCGUUGCAGUCGCAAUCCGCGGAGCAUGUUCCGCGGCAGCCGGCAGGGUCUCCGGCGGUGGCGCGGCCGCAGCAGUGGCUCCCGAUGCAGUAUCCAGCGGCCAUGGUAAUGCCGCACCACAUGCUGCCUCCGCAGCACUACGCGCCGCCGCCGUACAUGCCUUUCCAUCACCACCAGUACGGGCCGCCGCACGUCCCGCAUCAGCAGCAUCAGAACGGAUCCAGCGGCGAGAACAAAACCGUCUGGAUCGGCGAUUUGCAUCACUGGAUGGACGAGAACUAUCUCCAUCGCUGUUUCGCCUCCACCGGCGAGAUUUCCUCUAUCAAGGUCAUUCGCAAUAAGCAAACUGGCCUAUCAGAGGGUUACGGAUUUGUGGAGUUCUAUUCACGUGUCACUGCCGAGAAAGUUUUGCAAAACUAUGCUGGAAUGUUGAUGCCCAAUACAGAGCAAGCAUUCCGUCUAAACUGGGCAUCAUUUAGCACAGGAGACAAGGGUUCAGAUAAUGUUCCUGACCUUUCUAUUUUUGUAGGAGAUUUAGCUGCAGAUGUUACAGAUAGUUUGUUGCAUGAAACUUUUGCUAGUGUGUUUCCUUCUGUUAAAGCUGCAAAAGUUGUUUUUGAUGCCAAUACUGGCCGUUCAAAGGGCUAUGGUUUCGUCAGGUUUGGCGAUGACAGUGAAAGAUCCCAGGCCAUGACUCAGAUGAAUGGUGUUUACUGUUCCAGCAGGCCUAUGCGCAUUGGUGCUGCAACACCAAGGAAAUCAUCUGGCCACCCACAGGGAGGUCAGUCAAAUGGCACAUCCAGCCAAUCUGAAGCAGAUUCUACCAACACAACAAUAUUUGUUGGAGGACUCGACCCUAAUGUUUCAGAUGAGGACCUCAGGCAGCCAUUCUCCCAGUACGGUGAGAUAGUCUCUGUUAAGAUACCUGUUGGAAAGGGAUGUGGUUUUGUGCAGUUUGCAAACAGAAAUAAUGCUGAAGAGGCGUUGCAGAAGCUAAACGGGACAACAAUUGGAAAGCAGACUGUCCGACUUUCUUGGGGCCGUAAUCCAGCAAAUAAGCAGUUUAGAAUGGAUUUCGGCAACCCCUGGACAGGGGCAUAUUAUGGGGCCCCUAUUUAUGAUGGUUAUGGAUACGCAUUGCCUCCUCGUCAUGAUCCCAGCAUAUAUACUGCUGCGUAUGGGGCUUACCCUCUUUAUGGUGCCCACCAGCAACAAGUAAGCUGAAUGCAGUGUGGUGCAGUGCAAUAGAGAAGUAGCUUUCACAACAAGUUACACAGAAUCACCCUUCAAUGUGCAAAUUAACUUCUCUCGCUUUGUAACUUGCCUGAUCUGUUGAAUUUUUAAGAAUUCCUCCUAAUUGUGGAGUGGAAAUGAAUUUUGAUAGCCUGAGGUAGCGCUGUAGGGAUUCAAUUAGUCAUUUGUUUAGGCCUUGUAGGGGUAAUGACUAAAGAGGAGCUUAAACUUAUUAUAGGAAUAAUUGUCUUAUGUAUGACAGCUUGUGUGCUUGCGUGCAUUUUAUUUGUUUGACAUUGAAGCUUUGCUUUGUUCGCUUUCAA